AUUUCAUCGCGAUGAAUUGAAGGAACGAACUUUCCCAAAGCACAAGCAAGAGACUUCUCGCUGAUUCCCAGACAGCGGUAGUGGAGGCAGUGUUUUAUUGAAGUGUUGGUCCACUAGUUCUUGUUUCAAGUCAACUAUGGCAAUGUAUAUCCGAAUCAAGCGCCAUAAGACAACCUACUUUAUCCAGUGUGAUCCAAUUGAGACAACUUUAAAUAUCAAGCAAAAAUUAGAGUCCCUUAUUGACCAACCAGUAGUUGACCAGCGCUUGAUCCUAAUGGGGAGUGGGGAAGUAUUGGAGGAUUCAAAGACACUGGCUGAUCAGAAGGUUGAAAAUGAUGCAGUUGUGGCUCUAACGUUGCGAAAAGAUGAUAAUGACUUCGAGGAAAUCAACAUUGUCCAUCCAGACGAUUUCUACCAAUCACCGAUUCUGGCGGUUGGUAAGGACUAAAAAAAUUGCUUCAACUGUGGGUAGUAUAUGAUGUUCACUCAUCAAUUUACUGUUUAAACCACUUUUCUAUCUGUCGAGUGGAAAUGAAAAUGAUGAAAAAGUCUAUGCAUGAUUAUAUAUUGAUUAUUCCAUGCUUUCUAUUUGUUACCCUUUUAAGUGAUAACCUCCAAGAGUUGCAUUAGUGAUUGAACUCAUCUAUGUAUUGUUGUUACAACUACUAAAUAUGAGUUGAGGGUUUUGAAUA